AUGGCGACGAAUAGCGAGAACAGGGAAGAGGAACCCUCCACACCAGCAAGGGAAAAUGCUUCCCGACCGCGAAGUAUCAGGAAUCUCCAGGAACAGCCCAACGCCGGGACCAGGGAUGGAGCCAGCGACGAGAUAUCGAUUGGUUCGGGAAGACAUCAACGCAUACGACCCCUUUCCGAAAUCCCGGAAAAGGAGGAUAUCGAGAACCUAGAUGCCGUAUUCAAGGACCGACAGCAUGAGUUCGACCAGAGACAAGCCACCCCUUCAGACACCGGAUCGAUGCAGUUUCAGGAACAAGGAGAAGGGCACGACGUAGAGAUCGACGGCGCAUCCAUUUACACGUACGAGACGGAGACGUUUGGAGAUACAUCCUCAAUCUACACCACGGAGUCUCGGUCGCGAAGACUUCGCAGCGACGAGAGGGUCCGUCCCAAGCGAACGACAACCACGGUCGACAACAGGCCGUUUAUGGACCCCACCGUCUCCUUUUCCAAGAAGGCCGAGGAGCAACACGCCCUGUACCACAGAAACCUCCAAAGAGAUAUUGCCCAGAAGGAAUACAAUUCCCGCAGGCAAUCCGCCCAGAAUUCGCCCACCAUAGAGAGAACGCUGAGACAUAUCCAUACCCACGGAUCGGCGGACGAUGGCGGUGGAGAGAAUACUGGUUCGCCUCUACGAGGAGUGCACCGCCCGUCUUUGAGCAGCAAAAAUAGCACGCCAUCGCGGCAUGGAGCGCGCAGUUAUCACUCCAUAGACAGUCUCAGGUCAGCGUCUCAAGACAGAUCUGCGUACAAGUCUAUGCCCAACACGCCGAACAAGGAAAUGCGAGGCUCGCCCUUGGGGUCGCAACACAAGCGCUUGUCGGGAAGCUAUUCUCAAGACCCCUUUUCGCCCGAGUCGCCGGGGCUGCGGGAAUUAUCAAGUCUGCAGCGGGCGCUACGGGAUGUGCUGGAAGAGAAGAAGCAGUUGAAGGCGGAGCUCGACGCUGAGAAAGAGCGGAAUAGGGAGAGCGAGAGGAAGCUGGAAGACAAAGUCAACAAGCUUGAGGGUUCUCUCCAAGAGGCUGAGCAGCGGGCCAUCGAGGCCGAAAAGGACGACCAGCUCAAGAAGGCUCUCGAGGUAGCGAACAAAAUGGCGGAGUCAGCCCAGCAGGCUGUUGAAGAGUUGAAGGCGGCCCACUCCGAUCUCUCCGAAGCGCAGGCGUUGCUUAAAACAGAGGUCGAUACCCUCGGUGCAGAGAAAGAGAGACUCGAAGAAGAGCUGCGACAGAGGACAUCUGAGAAAGAGCUUCUGGGCCAGAAGGUUGCUGAAAUGGAAGCAAAGAUGUCUGAGGAGGGAGGCAAGUACGCCAAGGCCAUGGAGCAGCUUCUCGACGAUGUGUCAGCGAUGCAUGGUAUGGUCGCGGAGAAUGGUAUGAAGAGCCCUGCCGAGUUCAAGGAUAUGUUCGAGCUCGGCAGGGAGGGUCCGGACGAGGCCGCUGAGCUGCGUAUUGGCAUCAUAGAGCUGAUGGUCCUGUACGGUACCAAGGCAUCCGCCCUGGCGGAAGAGAAGGCGGCACUGGAGCAAGAGCUUGCGAGCCGGCUGGAUACCAUAACCGAAAUGGAACAGAAGCACCUGGAGGAACUCCGGAACCUCCAAGAGGAGGUUGAGAAACAACAGGGCCUCGCUCAGCGCCUCGCAAGCCAACUCUUCGCAGAAGCAAACGCAGAGGACUCCAAGCAAAAGGACGACUGGGAACAGCUCUACCACGACAAAGAAGCCGCCUAUCGAAAGCUGAGCGACGAACACGAGCGCCUUCGUCAAUUCACCAUCGAAUCCAACGCGCCCGAACUGAAGAACCAAAUCAAAGUCCUCGAGGAGCGCCUCGUCCACCUCAACAAGCGCUACAAGCUCCUCGCCACGCAGCGCAACCAGUUCCGCGAGGCAGCCGCGAACUGGGAGAACGAGUACCGCGCCGAGCACGAGCAGUACCAGCAGAACCUGCGGGAGCGCGAGACCAUGAUCGAGCAGCACGAGCAGGAGAUGCGCGAGACGAUCAAGCAGUACUACGACCACCUACCCAAGAACGACCCGGAAUGGUUCGAGAUCGACGCGCUGCAGAAGCAGGUCAAGAAGUUGGAGCAGCUACUUGCCCACAAGGAAGGCGAGGUCCUCCGCUGGCAGAAGGAGCGCGAUACCGCCGUCGAGCGCUUCCACGAGGUGCGGACGGCCAUGGAGGAAGGUCGGUAUAUACGCUACGCGGGACUGUUUGCGGACUCGGCGCCUAGAAGCGGGCCUCGCGUACCGAGAUAUGAGAGCGAAGAGGAGACGAGGGAGCGGAUGAGGAAAUUGGAGGAGUUGAGGAGGAGACAGAAUGAGAGGAGGGUCAGGGAGGGGAAGGAGGAGCGGAGGGUCGAGGAGAUUCGGAGGGAUAGGUUUAGGGAGGUUGGGACCAAGUAUCCGCCUCUGAGGCCUGGGUGGAAGGAGUUGGUGAAGAAGAGUCCCGAGGAGAGGUGGGCGGUGGAAGCCUGA